GCCAAAGCCAAAAGUCGACGAGGAUAGUCAACAACUGCAUCAACUGCGUCAACUGCAACAACCUCAACUGCGCCCUCGACCCAGUACGGGAUACCUCAUACGCUGGUGAAGGACACCUCCCAUCAGAACAACACACAAAUACCUCACCUUGAAACCCUCCGUCCGCUCACAGCUAUUGAAUCGCCAUGUCCUCCGACUCUGCCUCCUCCGCCGUCCUUCCCACCCGCAUCAUCUUCUCCCUGCUCGGCCUCGCCUCUGCCGCCGGGGGCUACAUGGCUGACUGGAACGAAACCCACGUCUUCAAUCCACGAUGGACCCCGCAUGCCAAAUUCCACAACGGCCAGACCAUGUCCACGGGGCUUGGCCUGGGCCUGCUCACCUGGUACUACACCUGGCGGACCACCAACACCUCCACCACGUCGGGGCUGCUGGACAACUUGCUCACGGCGGCGCUGAUGAGCAGCCUGUACUGGGCGACGCAAGUGUCGGCGAUCCUGUACCCCGGGACGAAGUGGGUGGACGACGAGUUUAAAGAAAGUCAUGGCGAGCCUCAGAAACGAGGGGCGCCCGUGCUGCUUGGCUUGAGCUGGGCGGCGUUUGGGCUGGGCUGGUAUCGACUGACCAAUGGGGGCAAAUCGGUCGCCAUUUGAAGAGACGAGUACGAGAUGUCGCGAGCAUUCCUGAGUACAAGUUAUGCAGCAUUCUUGGGGCAACAAGGAGGCAGACAGCACUGGAGGUGACAGGAAAGCACUAGACUGGGUGUUUGCAUGCUGGGCAAGGUGUUGACAGGCGUCACAGAGAAACAAUAGAAGAGAGGCAGGCAGGAUGUGUCUGUCAGCGCGCAAAAGCAAACUGGUGAUUAUAUGUAAGAGUAGGUGGUCUGGUCCCAAUGCCCUUACCGGGUUCAUUUCUAACCUAUACCGACGGGUAGUCACAAUGAGUAAUCCAACAAUCCUCGCGGCACCGUUCGAGGACAUGUUUCUUGUGUUGGUAUAAUGAUCUACGCAUCUAUAACGCCGUGCUCCAGCCUCAGUGCCCGCGACCCGGAUAGUACAUAGAUAGUCACAGAGCAC